CGGGCGCACCGGCGCAGCCAACGUAACCGGCGGCUUCCAACGCGCCCCGACGGGCCCGGCGCCGAUUUGGCUCCGGAGCCAUUCGCGCGUCGAAGUCGGCGGAACUCUCGCACCACAAUGCAUUGCGCGCGAAGAAAAAGGCGCCAACACAACUCCGCAGACGGCUUUUGCGGACGGCGCGCGACUUGGCGAACCUUCUGCGCAUGCUCCAAAGAUAGCAGCCUACGACGCGCGCGUUGAAGUAUAGAGAGGAUGGCAUCUCGGUUGGCGCAGCGCAACCAACGUAGCGUGACUGACUGUGAACGACGCUCGCCCGCGCGCCGAUAACGUCGGACUAUAAACGGGCCUUUAGUGACUGGCCGGCUCGUUCCUCGUCUACGAACAUGGUUGGGCGCAGCGAUGUGCUUCUUUUCGAAAGCGGUGGUUGUAUAAGCACAACUGACGUGGCGAUUCCCUAGGUGCGCUGGGACACUGUGAAGGCGAAUGGUUCUGCUGAAGUUGGUCGCCAGUAUUGCCACCAGUUGUGAGCUUCUCCAGUGCACUGGCAAGACGUUUGGCAGCUUCCUCCAGGCGCGAGAGUCGGUCUCCUUGAGGCACCCGCUACGGAGAUAAGUAGGUGUGCCGUCGACGAGCAGUCUCACAUGCGCCCAGUCCUGACGACAUGACUUCUUGCAAGCUUUUCAAGCUUUUUGUCAGCGUCAUUGCGGCUACCACAACAGUGCCAAUGACUAUUCUUACUGAUGCACAGGACUGCCAGCAGAGCCCACAGGACUGCAGCGCCACGCAGGUGCUGUCUGAUUUCAGCUUGUUCAACAAGUACGUCACAUCUGAUCCUAAUCCCUCCAAGUUCUGCGAGAGAUACGACCAGACACCACUUUCAGAUGAUGGAAACACUGCGCAGUAUGACCUAGUGUACAGGGAUGCCGAUGGAAGCGGCGACCCCAUCAGCGACACCUCCACCUUCGAAGUAGCGAACAACACUGUCUUUUACGUCACUUACGGAAGCGAUUCCAGCACUGUCUACCAACUCACUCUUGAUUAUGUGAACGGAGACCAAUGCUUCGUUGCACACUGCAACUGCACUGAAACCCGACCUGGUCGACCAGCGCGAGCUCGUCGCCCGGGCCCGGAGGGCGAUCCAAGCCAGAGGGCUCCUGGAAUAAGAGACCCUCCCACCUUACUGAGAAGUCACUGCUUCGAAUAAAGGUUUC